AUGCCACCCUCACCAAGCACUACACUAAGCAGGUCAUCCACAGGAAGUCCUCCAAGAACUUCACCAAGCAAAUCACUACUAAGAAAUUCUCCCAGUAUGCCACCCUCACCAAGCACUACACUAAGCAGGUCAUCCACAGGAAGUCCUCCAAGAACUUCACCGAGCAAAUCACUACUAAGAAAUUCUCCCAGUAUGCCACCCUCACCAAGCACUACACUAAGCAGGUCAUCCACAGGAAGUCCUCCAAGAACUUCACCAAGCAAAUCACUACUAAGAAAUUCUCCCAGUAUGCCACCCUCACCAAGCACUACACUAAGCAGGUCAUCCACAGGAAGUCCUCCAAGAACUUCACCGAGCAAAUCACUACUAAGAAAUUCUCCCAGUAUGCCACCCUCACCAAGCACUACACUAAGCAGGUCAUCCACAGGAAGUCCUCCAAGAACUUCACCAAGCAAAUCACUACUAAGAAAUUCUCCCAGUAUGCCACCCUCACCAAGCACUCCACUUAGCAGGUCAUCCUCAAGAAGAACUCCAAGAAGAUCCUCACCAAGCAGGUCACCCACAGGAAGAUAACCUCCAAGAACUCUGAGCAAAUCUUCAUCAAUAAUUCCUCCUACUAGACCAUCACCAAGGUCUCCUACAAGACCGCCACCAAGGUCUCCUACAAGACCACCAAAUCCUCCACCGAGACCACCACCAAGUUCUCCUACAAGACCACCACCAAGUCCUCCACCGAGACCACCACCAAGUUCUCCUACAAGACCACCACCAAGUUCUCCUACAAGAACACCACCAAAUCCUCCACCGAGACCACCACCAAGUUCUCCUACAAGACCACCUCCAAGUUCUCCUACGAGACCACCACCAAGUUCUCCUACAAGACCACCACCAAGUUCUCCUACAAGAACACCACCAAAUCCUCCACCGAGACCCCCACCAAGUUCUCCUACAAGACCACCUCCAAGUUCUCCUACGAGACCACCACCAAGUCCUCCACCAAGACCACCACCAAGUUCUCCUACAAGACCACCACCAAGUUCUCCUACAAGACCACCACCAAGUUCUCCUACAAGACCACCACCAAAUCCUUCACCAAGACCACCACCAAGUUCUCCUACAAGACCACCACCAAGUUCUCCUACAAGACCACCACCAAAUCCUCCACCGAGACCACCACCAAGUUCUCCUACAAGACCACCACCAAGGUCUCCUACAAGACCACCAAAUUCUCCACCAAGACCACCACCAAGUUCUCCUACAAGACCACCACCAAGUUCUCCUACAAGACCACCACCAAGUUCUCCGACGAGACCACCACCAAGUCCUCCACCAAGACCACCACCAAGUUCUCCUACAAGACCACCACCAAGUUCUCCUACAAGACCACCACCAAUUUCUCCUACAAGACCACCACCAAGUUCUCCUACAAGACCACCACCAAGUCCUCCACCAAGACCACCACCAAGUCCUCCACCAAGACCACCACCAAGUCCUCCACCAAGACCACCACCAAGUUCUCCUACAAGACCACCACCAAGUUCUCCUACAAGACCACCACCAAGUUCUCCUACAAGACCACCACCAAAUCCUCCAACAAGACCACCACCAAGUUCUCCUACAAGACCACCACCAAGUUCUCCUACAAGACCACCACCAAGUUCUCCUACAAGACCACCACCAAGUUCUCCUGCAAGACCACCACCAAUUUCUCCUACAAGACCACCACCAAGUUCUCCUACAAGACCACCACCAAGUCCUCCACGAGACCACCAUCAAGUCCUCCACCAAGACCACCUGGGAUUCUCCUACAAGGCCACCACCAAGUUCUCCUCUAGGAGGCCACCACCCACAAGUUCUCCUACUGGGAGCCACCACCAAGUUCUCUGCAGACCACCACCAAGUUCUCCCUACAAGACCACUGCAAGUCCUCCACGAGACCACCACCAAGUCCUCCCACCAAGACCACCACCAAGUUCUCCUACAGAGACCACCCACCAAGUCCACCACCAAGUCCACCACCAAGUUCUCCUACAAGACCACCACCAGAGUUCUCCUACAAGACCACCCGCGAUCCUCCACCAACACCGCAAGUCCUCCACCGAGACCACCACCAAGUCCUCCACCGAGACCACCACCAAGUCCUCCACCAAGACCACCACCAAGUUCUCCUACAAGACCACCACCAAGUCCUCCACCGAGACCACCACCAAGUUCUCCACCGAGACCACCAAGUCCUCCACCGAGACCACCACCAAGUUCUCCUACAAGACCACCACCAAGUUCUCCUACAAGACCACCACCAAUUCCUCCACUGAGACCACCACCAAGUCCUCCACCGAGACCAUCACCAAGUUCUCCUACAAGAUCACCACCAAGUCCUCCCGCAAGUCCUCCCACAAGACCACCACCAAGUUCUCCUACAAGAUCACCACCAAGUCCUCCUGCAAGUCCUCCUGCAAGACCACCACCACCUCCCACAAGACCACCACCAAUUCCUCCACCAAGACCACCACCAAUUCCUCCACCGAGACCACCACCAAGUCCUUCCACAUAAUCAUUUCCAACAAGUCCUCCCACAAGACCACCAUCAAGUCCUCCCACAAAACCACUACCAAGUCCUCCCACAAGAUCACCACCACCAAGUCCUCCAACAAGACCAGUACUACCUAG